CUUGGCCCCUCCCCUCUCAUUUCCCUUAUUAUUUUAAGCAUGAUAGAAGUCAAAUGAUGCGAACGUUCACUUUCAUUAAAGCAGCUGAAAUCAACCUGUUCUACCGGUGCACUAAGACAACAACAACAUGAUGAAGAUCAGGACGAUUGAUGAUGAGUCCAUAAAAUUGGAAUGCGGUUUCCGGUGCCUCGGUCCAAUGAUGUUCCAUCAGCGGGCCGUAGGAGACAAAAUCCACUUGAGUCAGUCCUUUUGCCAUGCAAAGAAGUCACGCAUCACCUUCAAAGAUGGCCUGUUGUUCAGCAAUCGCCCCGUGAGGGUCCAGGAGCGGAUACGGCUACGCAUCGAAGACGAGAACGACAUAUGGCACGGAUCAUUGCGAGUGGGCUUCACCAAUGUUGACCCGGAUUCCCGAUCUUUACCCCUGCCCCAUUUUGCCAUCCCUGACCUCACUAAGACCCCUGGGAACUGGGCUGCUAGCGUGGGCAAGCCGUUUUCCAGGGUAGGAACAAUCCUGGAAUUCUGGAUGUCGCGCACAGGCAGCUUGUAUGUUGCAAAUCAGAGCGGCGACCAGCGCAGACUAUUAGUCAAAGAAAUCGACGUCAACGGGCAUUUGUGGGCCAUAUUUGACAUUUAUGGAAAGACAUGCUCCAUUCUUCUCUUGGGUUCUGAAAGACGUAUGGGGCUUUUCACCAGGAAGUCAUGUCAGAUAGUCCCGCCUUUGCCCACUUUAGACACGGACUACUUGACAUCUGAUGACCUCUCCUGCAUCAACCUGCUGGUGCCAAGAGAUGGAGAAGAAGAGCCGACCUGUGUGGUGUGCAUAGCCCAGAAAUCCGACAUCACUUUGCCUUGUGGACACCACUGUUUGUGUUUCAUCUGCUCUUUCAAAGUCUAUUAUGCUUUUGGUACAUGCCCACUGUGCAGGAUGAGCAUGGGGAAGCCUUCGGUAACUUGGGUGGCUCCCACUAAGAGCAUUGACAAUCAGUGAAAGCACCUUCUUAUGUUCUAUCGCUUAACCAUAAACAAACAAAAUGCACUUUCAUUUUAAUGACUAAUGCAAUGUCUGUUGGGCUAACUGUUUACUAUUCAUUUAGUUGUUUGGUUUUUAAUUUGAAGGUGGAACUUUGCACUUUUAAUGUUCUGUAAUUAUGUAAAAAUAUGUGUUACAGUGUGUAGGGAUGGUCCAGUCCAAUCCACCGGAAGGGUAUUGAGUCCAAUUAACUGGAUCGGUAUUGGCUUCUUCUUAUUAGAACCAUUCCGAGCCAAUCCAUAAGCCUUUAUGUCAACUAUUGCAUAUUGACAGUGUUACUGAUGUAUAAAGUGCCUUUUCUAUUUAUAUACUGGAGUUGUUUGAUUCUAUUUUAAUAUUAUGCACGAAGUUGAACGUCCAUUUUACACAUUUGAAUGGUGCAGCUGAGUCUGCUUUAUAUUUUAAUAAAGCCACAGCAGUUGCAC